CAUUACUCGUGGCGAAGGAACAUGUGAUGUUGUCGGUUGAGAAAAAAAUACAAAUUGUGUUUCACUAAUUUUUCCAACUUUUUAAAAAAUAUUACGACACAAAUUUAAUUUUAUUGAUUGACUAUUCCAAAAAGACGAUGGAGACGGAAAGAGCGAUCCGACGCAAUGUCGCCAAUUUAAAUGAACGACGCCGCAUGCACAGCAUUAAUGAUGGAUUUGACGUCCUACGGAAUUAUUUACCGGGUCAGGGACGUGAAAAUUUAAGCAAGGCUGCAGUUUUGCAACAAACGGCGGAAUUGGUUGCCCAAUUAUUGGAGGAAAGGAACGCUGUGGCGAAUAAUGACACAUACGGAGUGGUGAAACAGGACAGAGACGAGAUGCCGGUCCUAAUUCCACAAGUUCGAGUUCCUCCUGGGCUAGAAAGUAUUCCAAGUAUAAAGAGGAAAGUCAGUAAAGGAACUGGAAACAUUUUGCAAGAUUUAAUCUCUUCAACCGUUCACGUGGAAAAAUACGCUGUCCCACCCAACCAAAUUGACCAGAUUCGGAAAAUUCGCACUGUUGAAGAAAUUGCGAAAUGCUCGAUAUGUUUAACGGAGGGGAAAGUUCUACCACUAGCGUCGCCCGAGCUGGAAAUCUUUAUAGACCUCGCAAAAAACGAGAUGUCCUUCGCCCUCUUCUCUUGGACGUUGUGUUGUUCCUCGUGUCAAUCAACGCUGCAAAAAUUGACCAAGUUGCAGAAUGAGAUUGACAACAUAAAGAUGUGUUUGAUGACGUUGAUCAGAACAAAACGUGGUCGUUCGUCAGUUUCGGAAACUUUCCAGGUGAUAAACCACCUAGAAUUCCACAGCGCUCCGCCUUCACCGGACCAUACUGAAUUAGUCGAUCCGCUUGAAGAUGUAUGUCCUCAAGAAGAGGAUAAAAUUGAUUUCUUGAAUUUAAACCAAGAAGAUUCCAACGACGACGACUUCUUAGAAGACAGUGAAGAUAUCAACGAAGAUAUCGACGUCAAACCUCUCCUGGUUGGAACAGAGGUUGAUGUGGACUCCGAUAUGCCAAUUAUUAUUAAAAAUUGCGUAUCAAUCUCGAGCCAAUCUGUAUUGGAAAACUUGGUUGGUUCGGAUGAUUCCGGAAACCAGAAUAGUAAAAGGAAUGCCUCGAAACUCAAUUAACCGAAUACUGGACAUAUACGACGAACGCGGAAAUGCAGAUUUCAAAAAAUCAGUUGGCCGACCUGCCCUCCUGGGGUCGAAGAAAGUAGUGAAGAGAGUGGAGAAAGCUUUUCUCAAAAACCCCAACACUUCGGAUAGUGCUGUUGCAGCUAUGGUGGGCUUAUCAAGAUCGUAUGUACAGAAAACUACAGGCAGGGUGUGCUACCCCGGGUUUUUGGGGUUUUGGGGUUUUGCGGGUAUUGGUGGGUUUUGGGGUAUCAAAAAUGAGCAACACCCAGGGGUAGUUGGGGUAGUCGGGGUUUUCGAAUUUAAUAGAGUGUGAUAACAGGGUACUGCUAUCAAUUCUACCAAUUAAUUAUUUAUUAAAAUAAAUUAACAAGCAGAAUUGUUGCACAAUUGCUGAAAAAGUAGAUUUUUGUCAAACCUUAAUACAUGAGACACUGACUCAGUUUACCCCAAAAAACCCCGACUACCCCUACUACCCCGACUACCCCACUACCCGCAAAACCCAAGUAAAACCCCUAUGUAUGGGUUUUCAACAGCAAAACCCCGGGGUUUUCCUUACCCUGUCUACAGCGUAGGAGUUAGGCUUCAAGACGCAUAAAGCACAAACUGUACCAAAAUACAACGAAAGUCAAAAACAUGGAGCUAAGACCAACUGUCGAUAAAUUUAUGAAAAAAUGCUGAAGCAAAGGACCCCCAACUUAAUCGUCAUGGAUGACGAAACGUACUGCACUGUGGAUCCCGAACGUGUUAAUGGUGAAAAGCACUACUCCUGUGCUAUCAGGAAGAUAAGCACAAAUUCAAAGGAGAAGUUUGCCAAAAAGUACCUGAUAUGGCUAGCUCUUGAGGAAAUCGGCUCAAUUGAGGGAAAUUUCAAAACCAUUUAUUAUUUGCAAGACUUUGAAUUCUAAACUCUACCUGAAAGAGUGUGUCAUAAAGAGAUUGAUCCCCUUCAUAAAAAACAAGCAUGUUUUGUUUUUGCCGAACAUAGCGACAUCCCACUAUGCCAAGAUUGUGACCGACUCUCAGAGGUGGGCAAUAUACAUCAAAAUGUAUAUUGAAUAUACUUUGCCAAUAUACUCAAAUUUUCGUCUCAAUAUACUAUACAAUAUACAAUAUACAACAAAAUUGAAAUAUACAAUAUACAAAUAUACGUAUAUAAUAUACAUUAUUUUAGUUUCAAUAUACUAUACAUGUAUAUUCAAUAUACAAUUCCAAUAUACUUUGCAGACAAUGAGAUACAAAGUGUAAUUUAGUGUUGUAAGUUCAAAAUUUUUCAUUGAACCUUAACAUUUUUUAAGGCGGCAGCUGGUAAAUGCCGCCAGCACAAAAUUGAAUUUUCGCUUAUCAUUAGAUAUUUACAUUUGGAUAUUUGGAGUCAGGAAGGUUUCCGGGUUUCUUCUAUUAAUGGAGAGGCAAUUUUUUGCUACAAGUUGCACAUUACCUAUUAAACCUAUUACCACUUAGGGAUGCAAUUACACCUAAGAAAUUUUAAUUGAAAAACGUUAAAAAAUGAAAAAUAUUGUAAAAAAAUUAGUUAAUAUGAAAAUGUAGACGUCGGGCUUUCUUAAAAAAUGGGUUUUCGGGGCAUGCUCCUUCAACAUUUUUUUGUAACACGAAUUAGGGUAACCACAAUUGUCCUGACUAAAACCUGGACAUUUUAGGCAAAAAAAAUGUCCACAAUAUCUAGUGCUUACAAGCGAAAAAUUUGUCAAUAAUAUCCAAUGCUUGGCGAGAAAUCUGCAGGAAUGGGAGUAAAUAUUUGAUGCACGUCGCUGGUAUUUAUGAGCUAAAAUCUACUUUUUCAUAUAAUAUUUUGGCGAAAAAAGUGACAUAAUGUAAUUUUUGAAUUUAAAAAGAUUUUAAAAAACGGGACAUUUUCGGGACGCCGGGACAGGUUUACAAAAACCGGGACGUCUGGUCACCCUAAUAUAGACUCAGCACAUCUACUAAAUAAAAAUAACUUUAGUUCAAAACUCGGACCACUAUUAAAAAAUCGCUAAUUUAAAAAUUGUCUCAAAAUAAAAAGUGCUCCCUUUUUCACAGCGGAAUCAUUACAGGUUUGAGGACCAUGAAUUUAUGGAUUUGGAAAUGGGAGCACUUCUUCAUUUUGUAGUCAAAACUCAGUGUUUUUUGCGAAUUUUUAGCUAAGAAUUAUUUGUAUUUUUUUUACAUCUGUAGAUGUGUUGAACUAUAUACACAAGGAACAAGGAAGCCUGAUUUAUUUAGAGCACCCGCAAAUGGAUAUAAAGAUUUUAUAAUUUCGACGUUUAAUAUAUAACCCAGCACAACUUGAAAAUAUGCAUUCUGGUCAUUCCUCAUUCGCCAUGUAUUUUAUACCUAAUUGUAUAUUGUAUAUUUACUGGACAGUUUUUUGUCCAAUAUACAAUAUACAAUAUACUUUUUUUCAAGUUUUUUAAUAUACAAUAUACAAAAAGUAUGUUAUAUACGUAUAUAAUAUACUUGUAUAUUUAAUAUACAUGUAUAUUGCCCACCUCUGCCGACUCUCUUCGAAGCAAAAAACUCGACUUUCUCAUCCAAUUGAACGGUUUUGGGCACUAAUCAAGAAGGAAUAUGCCAAACGACAAAAACCACCCAAAAACAGGAUUUAUACAGGUCAUGACGGCAAUAAGCAAAGGCGUUGGGAAAACCAGUGGCAAAGCCUUGAUGGCCACCGUUCGCAAAGAGCUUCGCUCAAUCGGAAGGAAUGGAGUGUUUUGACCAUUGGUGGACAAUUUUAAGCACCUACAAUACACAUCUAUAAUUUAUAUAAAUUUCACUAAAUUUGCUAUUACGAUUCAUUUUUUGCAGACAAUAAACCUACUGCGACUUUUAUUAGUGGCAUAUCCUUAAAACAAAAAAUAUAAUUGGGCGUGGUUCCACGUAUGUAAGAAAUAUUAUUAGAGAUACAUUUGUAAUAAAUAUGAGCGCACAUGUAAAAAAUCUAUUCAUAUUUUAGUAUUUUAUUUUCCGUUGGAAAUGCCGACGUAUUUGGGGUUUGUCCAUUAAAAGCAAUAUUUCGACUUCUUCUAGAUUCGAAGUCCGAAUCCACAAUAACUUUAGAACACAGUCGAAUUUCGGACAGACGAACAAUACAUUCACAUAAAGGGAUUUCGCUUUGUUUUACCCCUUAAUAAGAGGGCAGGUCUGGUGGAGUUAUUUACCCAGGUCCCACAGUAUCCAUCCUAGCCCAGUCGUCUAAAUGGCAAGGUGGGUUCGUGGGUUCAAGUCCUGCACGUGGUAUUUUUUAUUUUUAACAUUUUGAUUGUUAUCAGCUUGUUGGACAGUGUUUCCUGCGGUUUCAUAAAUCUCCUUCACCUUGACCUGUGAUUACUGCAUAGACGGUCAAAGGUAGAAAAGUUCAAAUUUUAGUGCUUGUCAUGCACAUUAUGCAGUUGUUAAAAUGAAAAUGCAUUCGCACUUGCAUGGUCUUAUUAGAAUAAUGUAUACACGUACAUGUACUGUAUGUACUAAUACCAUACAUUCCCACCCUAAAUUUUCCUUGCAUACCCAAAUCGGAGAUCCACUUGCAGACCAAAAAAAAGGUACCCUAAAUUUUCCUUGCCGACCACACAAAAAAAAAGGUAUCACCUCACCCCGAAACUUUGGGGUAUGGUGAUACCUUUUUUUGGUCUGCAGUGGCACCAAACUAAAACAAUACCCCUCCUCUUCGUCAUCUUUCAUUGUACUCUCUCUUGUGGUUUCUCCUUCAAAAAAAAAUUAUUUUUAAAAUUUUAAAAAGUGACAUUUAGAACGAGAAAUGGGUAAGUACACGAUUGCUUGACAUUAAGGACGCGCUGUGCAUCUUUUUGUAAAUAAAAUUUUGAGAAACGUGAAACUGGAUAGCAACAACUUUCUAACUCAAAUCCCAAAUUGUUUCUCAGUCAGUAAAACUCAGGGUGACUUUUGCACCUUUGUACCUUAAGCAAAAUUGCGGGCAGUGGCAGUACUCCAGAUUUGGAAGUUUACAUGUCACAUUUGGUUUGUUUUAUGCAAAAUUUGCCUCAGAAAUGUCAAUCACCAUUGAUUACCAAUUCUUUAAAAAAUAUGUGCAGCGUGUCCUUCGGAGGAUACCGGCUCAUCUUACUGAAGACCAUGAGACCUCACUCACUUUACAGUUUAAAUAAGCGAGUGGUACUUUUUUCACGGCGUACCUAUGUAUUUAUAUAGUGAUUGCUUAUGUUUAUAUAGGAGAUAUGUACCUAUUCUCGAUCAACACCGAGUUGAACACACUCUUAGAAAAAUUGAGUAAAAAAGAGGAUGACACAACGAGUUGAGUAAAAUUUACCCAACGGAUGUGUGAAGUUCAUCCAAGUUGUGGAAAAUGUAUCCAACGGUUGUGUCAAAUUUCCCCAGGUGCAGGAUAAAUUUUACUCAACUGGUUGUGUCAUCCUCUUUUUUACUCAACCUUGGACAAAUUUUAGUUAUUUUUGUUUAGACUGCAGAUAUUGAGAAUUCUGAGAAACUAUACGUGUCACUGUCAGUCUCAAAUUUCUUCAACUUAAAUUGAUUACGUUUUUUAAUACAUAUCCAGCUGGGGGGAUUUUGAGACUGACAGUGACGCAUAUAGUUUCUCAGAAUUCCGGAUUUCUGUAAAAGUUCAAUUCCAUGUGGAUGAAGAGUAUCCCAACCACCGAGUGAAGUAUGUAGGAUUAGAAAAUAUGUAAGCAGUAAUAAUUUCCUAGGUAAUUUUACCCAAAGCACGGUAAGAAACGAAAUUUGGCACAAACCGAAGCAACCGCUGUGUUUUAAAUAGUACGACAUUUAUUUGCUGCCAUUAUCGCGAACAAUUUCUGUAAAUGUUCUUCGCCUCAUAUUCGUCAAUUUUAUUUUAAAUGUGUGACCUAUUUGUACGAGGGAGAAUCAUUAAGUAAUGCGAAUAUUAGUUCAUCUCGGCCAUAAAGGUCGUUUGUUUCAAUUAAUUUUGUGACUUUUCAACAUAAUCUCCUUCCAAUUCAAUACAACUGGACAUGAGCAGCACAUUUCCACCCAAACGACGGAAAAGCCGUACAAGUGUGCCACGUGUGGGAGGAGCUUCGGUUAAUCCAUAAGGGAACCAUGCAAAAGCACGAGAUGACGCAUUUCGACAAAUCUUCCCGAGCCGUGUCGAAAUGCCUCCAGUGUCCUAAGACCUUCUUAAGAAAAGGUAAUCUACAAUGGCACAUCCGAGUUUCGCAUGAAAAUCAAAAGAAUAAUCGUUGUCCGGUUUGUGACAAGAGAUUCUCAAACUCAUCAAACUUGAAGGCAGGGUUCGGAAAUCCCCUGGGUUUUUCUAGAAAAACCCAACCCCGGGGGUUUUUCCGGGGUUUUUGGGGUUUUUGUGGGUUUUUGUAGAUUUUGGGGCGGGCUGAAGCAAAAUUCCUAAAAUUACAUAUCAGAGUAAAACCAAUUGAUUAUUCGAAAUCAACAAGGAAUUUUCAGAACUUUAAUUGAGUUUGAUUAUCAAGUUAAAAGUUCAUGUUUAACAAGCAAAACAGAAAUAAAACCAGGAAUAUGCAAUGAUACUUGGAAAUACAAGUCGCACAUAAAAAUACUCAGAAUUUCAUUCUGAAUCCGAAAAUUAAAUUUGAAUUGGUUUAAGUUGUAGUUUAAAGAAUCUUGUUUCAAUCUGCCCCAAAAUUUUACAAAAACCCAGGAAAAACCCACAAAAACCCGCAAAAACCCCAUUAAGCAUUAGGGUUUUUCCGGACAUUUGAUACCCCAAAAACCCACAAAAACCCCAAAAACCCCAACCGACAAAAACCCGGGGUAGCGAACCCUGCUUGAAGGGUCACGUGGAAGCGAAACAAUCCGUGAGCAAAGAGCUCAUCUAUUCCUGCCACAAGUGCGAGUUCAAGACCCACGCGAAAAUCAAUUUCGCCUCGCACAAAAUACGCCACAAUGCAGUGAAACACGAGUGUUACUUUUGUGGCAAGAAAUUCAUAACUUAUUACGAAUUGAUCAAUCAUUGUGGAGUUGAUACUUUAGAAAACUUAAAAUAAGUUAUUUUUACUCUCCGUUCAAAAAAAUUGGGACAAGAGUGCUUAAAUUUUAUGACAAACUCGCUGUUAAAUAGCAACGAUAAAAAAGAAAAUUUAACUUGAACGGGAAAAAAAUAAUUUAAUUCGAAAAUUAUAACUUGAAAGCAACUAACGAAUACAAAAUUCUGCUAGAUCUGGCAGAUUUUGUUGUCAAUUUUUGUAAUGAAAAGUUUAAUGUGUAGUAAGUACACUGCAAAAAAUAUGGUGUAAAUUUUACACCGCGCGGGGUGCAUAUGUGGCUACACCGGCAUGGUGUUACUAUUUGUCACCGCGUGGUGAUAAAACUGUCACCAGACGGUGACAGUUUUUCACCAUGCGGUUGCAAUUUUACACUUGACGGUGAGAAUUUAUCACCAAACGGUGUAGCCACAUAUCGACACGGCUGUUUUGCUAAUAUUUUUUGUAGUGUAUGAAUGUAUAGGGGUAUACAUGUAUUUAUUUAUUUAUCAAUACAUAGUUUUCAGGUUUUUAUAAACUUUGUCCCAUUUGGAAAAACUUUUUAGUAGGAAACCGUGGGAUUUUAUUUAGUAACAAACUUACAAUGCAAGUCUUUCACGUGUAAAACUCCGAUUCGCAUGGGACCAAUUUUAUUUUGUUCACCACAAAAAAUAAGCAUACCCGUAUUUUUGCAUUUUUCAUAAUGCGCUAAUUUGAGCGCUGGGCGCGAAUUUUAAACUGUUUUCCAGCCAAAACCUCGGGUUUUAAAAGAUCUAUAACUUUUUAUGUUUUUGUGGGAAUAAAAAAAUUCAAAAACAUGUUUCUUCUAAAGGGUGGGCUUAAAGUUUCUGGAAAAAAUUAACUUCAAAACAUAAGUAGUCAAAACUUUUUAUUGCGUGUAUAGAAUAUUAUAAUUUUUUGUAUGAUUAUUAACUAAUAUUUAGAGUGUCCGCCACCAGCUUCCAACAUUUGUUCAAUGCGUGAAUUGAAUGACUGUGCCAAAUUUUCCAAAACGGUAACCGGAAUGCUUUCCCACUCAUGUUGAAAUCUUCUGAAUAGCUCAGCGGUUUUGGUUGGAUAUGGCGGUUUGUACGCAGAAUCCUUAACAAUGAUUCAUAAAUUCUCCAGAGGAUUCAAAUCUGAUGAAUUUCCGGGCCACACCCCUUUCCCCCACACUGUCAAAAGGAGCGCCUCCAAAACUUUGGUGGUCACUUUUGCAGUGUGUGCUGGUGCUCCAUCUUGCUGAAAGGUGACCUUCUGUUGUUGGGGGAAUAAAGUUGGGUCCUUCAUGGAUUUAAUGUAAAGUGGGAGGAUCUUGUCUUUGUAGUAUGCAGCGUUUACGGUACCUCCACUUACCAUAUGCAGCUUUGUAACUCCUUGAGCACAGAAGCCACCAGCUACCAUAACUUUUAGACCAAGUUUUGGGGUCAAUAUUUUCGGGAUUUUUUUCGGAUCAGCUGUAUAGUAUCUUUGAUUUUGUCUGUUACCAGUUGGUGACACCUCCAGCCAGGUUUCAUCAGUGAAAAGAAUGUGAGAGCGUUUCUGCUGCGCCCGUCUGUCGUCACCCAAGUAUCCCGUUCUCUUGACUGUUUCGCCGAAUUUUAAUCGGUCCUGAAUAUUUUUUUGAGUCAGAAUCUGUUUCUUAGGUCUUUUGUAAGCCGUUUUGCCCCAUUUUUGCUUUUUUGCGUAAUUUCGAACCGCAGCACGACUUAUUUUCUUCCCCUUCUUUUGAUACCUCGCCGACUCGUUCAGCUUCUUUAGUGUUUUCCUCACGGAUCCACCAAUUUUCUCUUUCAAAUUUCUUGUUAUUUGCGAUUUUGAAGUAGGGGAGAAUGCUGUGGGUCGGCCUGACCUUUUUUUGUCCACCACGGUACGGCGACCUUCCCACAGUUUGACCGUAUUGUAAGCAACUCCUAGUUUCCUCGAAAUUUGGGAGGCACCAUAUCCCUCGCUCAAUAGAGUUUGAAUCUGCACCCUUUUCUCUUCUCGACUCCUCAUAUUGUUGGACUACAAGGGGA